AUGAGAAAAGCAUUACAAUAUCAAAAAAUAACUGUAAAGGUGUAUUUACAUGUAUUUCAUAAUAAGAAGUCAGCUUUUAAAAAAAAUGCAUUUACAUGUCGAUAUACCAAUGAAUACAGUGUGAAACAAAUUACAAGUUUAUGGUGGUUGGGAUGCUGGACUAUUUUUCUACCUCUAGGAAUCCUGGAGUCGAAUUUAUCACAAAACAAAACCUUGUCUUCGAAAAACACCAGUGGAGUACCUUUUAAGGCUGCAUUAUGGCGUUUUAAACAAGCAUUGGCUAAGCAUGGAGUUGUGCGUUUCGAACAAAGCAGAUUAGGAAAAAAUAUUGCGUUUUGCUUACUAGAGUCAUCAAAAAACUAUUUUCAACUUAUAGUUUUUUUGGCUAAAACUAAGUGGUUUGAAAAAAUUACUAAUGCAAUACCUCACACAUUUUACUUGAAAAUUCUUUUUUCAGUUUGA